AUGCACGUGUGGCAUCACCAUUACCACACCCUGUCCGUUCACUUGCCGAGGGAGACGUUUCCUCGUGGGGGCUACAAGGGUGUGCCGGAUGGCUACGUCGAUCGGUGGCCGCAUGCCAAGUCUUGGCCGCAUCUCGCCAAGAAGAAAUGGAAGGCGUCUGAUGGAGCUCAGGGGUCAGGCGGGAUCGAGCGGUUCAUGACUACCAAGCUGACCACGGUGGAGCUACGGCAGGCGAUCGCCAAGCUGGUGGUCACCUGCGACCUCCCCUUCCGCAUCGUCGAGGCCGAGGCUUUUCGGGAGCUAUUGAUCCUGCUAAACCGCAACCGUGCGCAGAAGAACUUCAUCCCCUCGCACUGGACGGUAUCCCGCGACACCGUGGUCUCUGCGGCAGCCGCUCUCCAGUCUGCCAUAGUGGAGAUGCUGGCGAAGGAGGGGGAGUUGGGGUGCAAGGUGUCGUUCACCAUCGACAUGUGGACGGCACCCAACAACAAGGCAUGGCUAGUGGUGACAGGUCACUGGAUAGACGAGAACUUUCAGCUGCGCACAAUUGUGCUUGAGUUCCGCGAGAUGCACGGGUGGCACAACGCCUCUAGCAACAUUGCCGCCUUCAAGCGGAUGUUGGAGGAGGGUGGUGGUCAGUGCUUCCACAACUCGCGCAUGCACUUCCGGUGCUUGGCACAUGUGAUCAACCUUGCAGUGAAGGCAGCUCUCGCUGCCAACCCCGCCAAACCGAAGCCGGCGUUGAAGCUGGUGCAGGACAGUACGCGCUGGGGGUCGACCCACGACAUGGUCGAGCGAGCUGGGGUUCUGCAGAACCCCAUCACUGUCUUCUUUGCCCAGACACAGGGCUUGUCAAAGGCCGACAAGAAGAAGGUGGAGAGCAUGCGCCUGACGGACGCAGACUGGGAGACUCUGCAAGCUAUCAAGACGUUCCUCAGCAUAUUCGCCAAAGUCUCAAAGGCAGUUGAGGGGGCAGCGUACCCUACAGUGGCGAUGGUGGUGCCGUACUACAACGGCCUGAUCGACGCUAUGGAGUCGCACCUUGCCAAGGGGCCAUCGGCUACGCGAAAGCCGAUGAUCGAGGCGGCACUGGACGAUGCGCACUGGGAGAAGCUGCAUCCCGAGACCGACCGGAGGGUGAGGCCGCGUCCCGCGUCUGGCGAGGUGGUCCAGCUGGUACGCGACCGCGUGGCCGAGUACCAGGCCCGGGCUGCAGAGCUUGCUCCCCGGCCGACCCCACUUGCCCCCGUGACGGAGGAGGAGGAGGGAGACGAGGCGGAUGACGACGAUGACGCGCAGUUUCUCCCUAUAGUCGCCGACGACUUGCGGCGCGUCUCGUUGGAGUACUGGCACACCGCCACCAACAUGCAGACGCUAAGGCACAUGGUACGGGAUUAUCUCGCCAUCCCUGCCACGUCCGCUUCGAGCGAGCGCGUGUUCUCCCUUGGCCGCAACCUCAUUUCCUGGAAGCGGCACCGCCUGGCCUCUCAGAGGACGCGAGCUGUCAUGAUUCUCAGAUCAUGGUACAGUUCACACCCUGGCCAGAGGAUAGGCGAGGGCCGCCGAUCGAGAGGCGUCGCACCACCAGAGUUCGUCAUUAAAGGCGAGGGGGCGGAGGAGGACGACGACGAGGACGAGGAGAAGGUGAAGGAGGAGGAGGGUGUGGAGGCUGACGACACAGCUGGUGGGGAGGAUGGUGUUGUUGGCAGUAGCAGUGGCGCUCAGGCGUAG